UUGCAAUACUCUCCCAUUAAUGCAACCAAAAUGUUGAACACUUUCUCUUUCCAAUGCUUGGUUUGCAAUAGUGUUAAUAUGCUUGUAAAUGAGAUUGCCCCCAUAGCUCUCUCAAAUUUUGGAGACUUUGCAUAUAUCCAUGUUGAGCAUGUUCCGAAGUUUUCCUCGCAUAUUCACCAUGUUUACUAUAAUAUCUUGCUUCCCGCUAAUGGUGAUGUGCAAAAGAAAUGGUGCAUCAUGAUGGAUGAUGUAUUCAUAUACCAUGCACACACGUUGUUCUUGUUGUCUAACAUGUGUGUAGGUACCCAAAUUCCAAUGUCAACCUCGAUUGAGCACGAGUUGACAAAAAGAGCUCUUGAGAGCAUGAUACAAGUGAGCUCCAAUGAGUGGUUUUGCCCGCACACUUCCACUACACAAGAUCUCUCAAUGAGAGCACACCGACACUUUGAUAAGGUGACCUCCUUCUACUUGCGCCCUCUUCCUAAAUACAUUGAACUUUGGCUACGCUUUGAUUGCUCCUUUGCUUUUCUUGUGCUAUUGAUAGGGCUCUUGACAAGUGAAGAGGCAUUCAAGCGUUGGUGUCAUCUACCUCCUCUACACGUUCACGAAGAUGCAUCGUCGAGGACGACUCUUUUUCAAGUGGGGGGAGAUGAUACGGGGCGACCUUCGGUCUCCACCGCAUCAUGUGCGUCAACGCCGACACGUCACGCAAAGGUGAAUCUUCUCCUUUAUGCGUGCCUACAAUUGUCUCUCAUGAAUGGUAUGCUACUUCAUCCUCCUUCAUAUGACCAUGAUAGGAACACAUCGCCAAGUACGGAGGAAGUGGACGACACCAUGGAGGCUCGAGGACUCAAGGCCGAGGUCGCGGAAGCAUGGAAGAGAACGUCGAGGAUAAGGAGACGCGCCAGGAAGACCGGCACUGCCGCACCGCCACUACGCUCGAGGACGACGGCAUCGCCGCCCUACUCGCGCCGGCCCUAUCGCCCCUACUCCGUGCUGGCCCCCGACGCCCCACUCACCUACCGCUGCAUCGCCUACACGGUCGCCUCGAUCUCCACCUGCCCGCUCCGUUCAGCAGCGCCCGCGCCGGCCGCCUCAAACCAUCGCGCGCGAUCUCCCCUGCAAGCUCACGCCGCACCUGCCGCCAGCUCCACGCGCCGCCUGGCCCACCUGCCGCUCCGCUCGCUCCCCACCAAGCCACCGCGCCACCAGGCCCACCACCACACGCCCCCGCUCGCCCCGCACAGCAAGCGCCCGCCCCUGCAGGUCAACCACCGCGCCGGCCCGCGCGGCUCCUCAGCCCAAGCCAUCACGCGCGCGCGUGACCACCACACAGGCCACGACCUUGCUCCUUCCCCACGCGCACAAACAGUACCAGUUCCGCACCAUCUGCUGCCAAUUUCACCAGGCGCAAGAAAAAUCUUCAGAAAAUCCCCAGACCGGAACAUCCGGCCAGUACGAGCGGUACUUCCGGCCGAGCGGAAGUUCCGCCCAACUUCCGCCCAACUUCCGAAAAUCGCGAUUUCGCUGCAGUAA